GGCGGUGGAGGCAGUGGUGGUGGUGGCGGCAAUGAAGAGAAGAAAAAGGAAGGAAAGGGGAAGCCCAAGAAGAUGCUGAGAUGUGCAGGAGGACAGAUCUGGGAGGAUCAGUCUCUCACAGAUUGGGAUCCAGAUGAUUUCCGGAUAUUCUGUGGUGAUCUUGGUAAUGACGUUACCGAUGAGCUGCUCACUCGUUACUUUAGCCAUUUUGCUUCCUUUGUCAAGGCAAAAGUUGUCAGAGACAAGCGCACCAAUAAAAGCAAAGGUUAUGGCUUCAUCAGCUUCAGUGACCCCCAGGACUACAUUCGGGCAAUGAAGGAAAUGAAUG